CAGCGAUAUCACCCCCACGACACACGGGGUGUAAAGCUGACCCCCACGCUCUCCAGGUCUAUCAAACAUGAGUCUAUUUACCCCAGAAAGUAUGAGGUAUAGACCUCCGCAAUCCCCGCAAUCUAUGGUAUCAACCCGCUCUGUUCAUGCCCUAUAUUUUAUAUCCUGUUCGUCUCUGCUUUAGCCUUGUCAACAGCACGACUGAACAGUAAAAUGGCCGACAAAGACCAUCCCCGAACAUCAUUCACCGAAGAUGUCGAUGAAAGGCAGCUGUCCAAGGGGGUUGCAGGGCCACCCCUAAAACCAGCCUCUCUGGCAGCACUUCCCGAAGACGAAUGCGCAAGAAUUGGCCGGAGAGCAACGCUGAAGCUGGAUGUGAUUAUCAUGCCGUGCAUGGUUAUUAUGUACAUUUUCAAUUAUCUCGACCGACAGAACAUUGCCGCUGCCAAACUCGCGGGCAUUGAAGAGGACCUCCAUAUCUCGGACGUGGAAUACCAGACCUGCGUCAGUAUUCUGUUUGUUGGAUACAUCUUAAUGCAGGUUCCCUCGAAUAUGAUCGUGGGCAAGAUCCGAUGGCCUGGUAUAUACAUCUGCGUUUCAAUGGCCAUCUGGGGCCUCCUCUCAGCCCUCACCGCAAUAACCCAUAACGCUGCUGGUCUUAUGGCCUCUCGCUUCUUUCUCGGCUUCAUAGAGGCAGUCUUCUUCCCUGGAGCCUUGUUUUACCUGUCUCUGUUCUACACGCGAAAGCAGUUUGCCCUGCGAACGGCAGUCCUUUAUUCAGGCUCGCAGCUUGGAAAUGCAUUCGGUGGCCUUUUCGCUAUCGGUAUCUUGGAGCUGGAUGGGAAAAACGGCAUUGCAGGCUGGCGAUGGCUCUUCCUGAUCGAAGGCGUGCUUACUAUCGGCUUGGCUAUUAUAAUCGCCUUCAUCCUCCCCAACAAACUAACAAAGCUGAAAGGAUUCACUGCAGCAGAGCAGGACUGGCUCGUGUGGAACUUCGAGGCAGACCAAGGACAGCAGGACAACGCAGACGAGAUCAGCGCGAAGAAGGGUGUGUGGAUGGCCGUGGUAGACCCAAAGACGUGGCUUCUCAUGGCGACGCUAUACUCUAUUUACAUUGCAGGGGCCGUCAGCAACUUCUUCCCUUCCGUGGUUGCUACGCUGGGAUACGGCCGUAACGAGACCUACGCCCUGACUGCGCCGCCGUAUGUCCUCUGCGUGAUCGUUAUGAUAAUCAACGGAUUCCAUUCAGACAGAAAACAAGAACGAUACUGGCAUAUCGUAUGUCCAAUGUUCAUGUGCCUGGCCGCGAAUGUCAUCGCCGUUGCUACCCUGAACACAGCCGCACGAUACGUCGCAAUGAUGUUAAUGCCAGCUUCCUUCUACGGGGCCGCUAUCGUCGUUCUAUCCUGGAUAACUGCCUCGUUAUCCCAGCCCAGCGUCAAGCGGGCGUCUGCAAUCGCCUUGAUCAAUGCAAUCACCAACACCCCAAACGUAUGGUGCUCGUAUCUAUAUGGCGCCCCGCCCCGGUACUUAGCUGCCUUUGUAGUGAAUCUGGCUGCAUCGGCCAUGGCUAUUGCUGCGGCCACAGCAACCAGGGUCUAUCUUAGGCGGCAAAACCAGAAGCUGGAUAGUGGGAUUGAUAUUGGGCGCAAUGGACCGACAGCUGCUCAGAGGGCUGCUGGGUUUAGGUAUACUUUGUGAGCGGUGGAACUGUUUGGUCUUAUGUUAGGUGAUUCUUGGUGUAAUUAUCCUGGUGAUAUACAAAGGUAUACUACGUAUACUACGUACGCAGAGCGUAUAAAAGUAAACAGAGAUGUCUCAUCAUGUGUAAAAAGGUGUCUUUCGAG